GUCUCCGCGCACGCGCGAGGUGGUGCUGAGGGCAGCAGCGUGAAAGACGAGCCGAAAACAGAAAUUCGCGUUUUAAAAGCGUUUAUUUUGCGGCGGCGGCGGCGAGGAGCGUUAAUAAAAAGAUGAAUUUCUUCAGAGGAGUGAUAGGAGGCCAGCAGGCCGGAGCGCAGCCCUCUGGAGUGGAAACUAUCCAGAAGCUGUGUGACCGCGUCGCCUCGUCCACCCUGCUGGAGGACCGCCGAGAUGCUGUCCGUGCUUUAAAAUCUCUCUCAAAGAAAUACCGUAUGGAGGUGGGCACGCAGGCCAUGGACCAUCUCAUUCGCAUUCUACAGACAGACAGUUCAGACUCUGAAAUCCUGGGUUAUGCUUUGGACACACUGUACAAUAUUAUCUGCAGUGAUGAAGAAGAGGAGCAAGAUGAAUCUGAAGAUGCUGCUCCUGUGAAGAGUAAAAAUGUAGCCGCUCCUGAGGAUACCCAGAGGAGACAGGAGGAUGAUAUAGGAGCUCAGUUCUCUGAACGCUUCAUUCAGGAGCCAGAGAAUGUGACACUUCUUCUGACCAUGCUAGAGGAGUUUGAUUUCCAUGUGCGCUGGCCUGGUGUAAAGCUUCUCACAGCUCUGCUGAAGUGUCAGUGUGCUCAGGUGCAGGGCAUCAUCCUCGUCAGCCCCAUGGGAGUUUCCAGGUUGAUGGACCUUUUGGCCGACUCCAGAGAAGUCAUCCGCAACGAUGGUCUUUUGCUGCUGCAGCAGCUAACUAAAGGCAAUGCUGCCAUUCAGAAGAUCGUGGCGUUUGAGAAUGCGUUUGAGAGACUGCUGGACAUAAUCACAGAGGAGGGCACCAGUGAUGGAGGUAUUGUAGUGGAGGACUGUUUGUUGCUCCUGCUGAACCUCCUGAAGAACAACAGCUCUAAUCAGAACUUCUUUAAGGAAGGCUCCUAUAUCCAGAGGAUGAAACCAUGGUUUGAAGUUGGAGAUGAUAACUCGGGCUGGUCUGCUCAGAAGGUCACUAACCUGCACCUCAUGCUGCAGUUGGUCCGAGUGAUGGUGUCUCCGGUAAAUUCUCCUGGAGCCACAGCGAGCUGCCAGAAAGCCAUGUUCCAGUGCGGCCUACUGCAGCAGCUCUGUACCAUACUGAUGGCCACUGGAGUACCUGCUGAUAUACUCACUGAGACCAUCAAUACUGUGUCAGAGGUCAUCCGUGGCUCACAGGUCAACCAGGAUUACUUCGCCUCAGUCAACGCUCCAUCUAACCCUCCUCGGCCUGCUAUAGUGGUGCUGCUGAUGUCGAUGGUGAAUGAGAGGCAGCCGUUUGUUCUCCGCUGUGCUGUUCUUUACUGCUUCCAGUGUUUCCUGUACAAGAAUCAGAAGGGUCAGGGGGAGAUAGUGGCCACUCUGCUGCCCUCCACUAUAGAUGCUAACUCCAUCUCUGCAGGUCAGCUGUUGUGCGGUGGUUUGUUCUCGGCGGACUCUCUUUCUAACUGGUGUGCGGCAGUGGCGCUGGGUCACGCCCUGCAGGACAAUCUUACUCAAAAGGAGCAGCUGCUGCGGGUCCAGCUGGCCACCAGCCUGGGGAAACCUCCGGUCUCUCUGCUGCAGCAAUGCACAAACAUACUGUCACAGGGCGAUAAGAUCAGCCGAAGGGGCAGUAAAGUGCAGACCAGGGUGGGUCUCCUCAUGCUGUUGUGUACCUGGAUGAGUAACUGCCCCAUCGCCGUCACACACUUCCUGCACAACCAGGACAACGUCCCUUUUUUGACGGCUCAAAUUUCAGAGAAUCUGGGUGAAGACGAACGACUGGUGCAGGGUCUGUGUGCUCUACUGCUGGGUAUCUGCAUCUACUACAAUGACAACUCAUUGGAAAACUACACCAAAGAGAAGCUGAAGCAGCUUAUUGAGAAGCGUAUAGGAAAGGAGAACUUUGUGGAGAAGCUGGGCUUCAUCACCAAGCAUGAGCUUUACUCUCGUGCUGCUCAGAAACCACAGCCAGCCUUCUCCGCUCCAGAACACAUGCUGUUUGACCAUGAGUUUACCAAACUCGUCAAAGAGCUUGAGGGUGUCAUAACAAAGGCAGUGCAUAAGUCCAGUGAAGAAGAGAAGAAAGAGGAAGAAGUGAAGAAGACUCUGGAGCAGCAUGACAGCAUCGUCACUCAGUACAAAGAACUGAUCAGGGAACAGGAUGCUCAGAUAAAUGAGCUGAAAGAGCAGAUGUGCACACUGACGUCCCAGAAAGAUCAGAUGCAGAACACCAUCACCCAACAGCUGUCUCAGAUCCAGCAGCAUAAAGACCAGUACAACGUCCUUAAACUCAAACUAGGUAAAGACAGUGGUCAGUCUGACAGCGGUCAGGUGAAUGGUCUUCAGUUGGAGGAGCUCACUCUGCUCAGAGAAGAACUGGAAGAGCUACGCAAGCAACACGCAUUGCUGAACACACAGCUUGCUGAGAGGGACACACUCAUUGCCAACCUGAAAGCAGAGGGAGUACAGUCACCUGAUGGGUUGACAGCUGCACCAGAAAACACAGAACUACUGAAGGAGUUGGAGUCUCUGAGGGGGCAGGUGCAGACCCAGGCAGCUGAGAUCUCCCAGCUGCAGAGAGAAAGACAGGAGGUACAGACCCGAACUGAAGCUUUGGCUGCCGUAAGUGGAGAAGCAGCGGAUUUAACUAAAGUAACAGAGCUAGAGAACAGACUAUCAGCACAAACUGCAGAAACCAACAGACUACAGGAGGAGGUGCGAAGUCUGACGGAGAGCAGGGCGGCAAUGGAGAAGGAGCGAGCCGCAGCCACCAGCACCGCAACCAUUCUGCAGACGGAGAAGAGCAAGCUGCAGCAGGAAGUGGCCGAGUCAAAGAAGGAACAGGACGAUCUGUUGAUGCUGCUGGCUGACCAAGACCAGAAAAUCCUCUCUCUAAAACAGAGGCUCAAAGACCUGGGGGAGACGAUUGAAGAUGAGGACGAUUUGGAUGCUCGGGACCAAUUUGAUGACGACGAUGAUGAAGAGGAGGAAGAUGAUGAAUAAAGAGACUGAACACAUUUAUCAUCAUGAAGGGGAAAAACUCUCAAAAUCCCCUCUACACUUAUAAGAGAGAGACGUCUGGGCUUAAGAAGAUUGGAGCACGAGAGGAUCGACGCAUUCAUCUGUUUUCCUCUCUUUUCAACAGGUUCACCUGUUCGUUUUUAGCGUUUGUUUUAUUUCUGGAGGGUGGCUGAUUUACCCAUGUUAGUUCUACUGGACCGUUAAACAGCUUCAUGUGACUUCAUCUUUAGCUGCUGCCACUGACAUGCACAUCUAAUGCCAUGUUAUUAUUUGUUUGUAGCUGAAACGUCGUUUAAAGACAUGAUGGGCAAAUCUGUUCUUAUUCUUUUGUUGAUGCAAAAGAAGAAAACUGCACCAUGCAGAUAUGACGAUCGUGUGUGUGUGUGUGUGUGUGUGUGUGUGUGUGUGUGUGUGUGUGUAUAUACACAUAUACUCAUACCCCUCCAGUUGCAGUGGGUUUUAUUGUUUGUGUUAAUAUGGUGCGCUUUCUUCUUUUGUAUCAGCUGAUGGCUUCAAUUAGUAAAGUAGCCAAAACAUCAGAUCUGAAGAGCGUGAGCCGAAGAAGGAAUUUGCCAGAAAAAUAAGUUUUCCUCUCUUGCACUGCCUCAGUCACCUCACAGAAAGACUGUUUGGUCAGUCUACCCACAAUGCUCAGCUGUGUGUGUGUGUGUGUGUGUGUGUGUGUGUGUGUGUGUGUGUGUGUGUGCGUGCCUGCGCUGUGUGUUAGCUUUAAGGCGUGCCUUCUUUGCCUGGGUGCACAUUCGGUAGGCUUUUGCACCGUUUCUGCACUUUCUGCUUCCACCUCUAAACAGCAGACAGGGGGCAGCCCGAUAUGAUGUCAUACGCUUGUUUCUAAUUGGUUACGUUACAUACAUUACGUUGCGUAAUACUGCGGCGCAAACAUAAACAUAUAUAGAACCUACUUAGACCCUAGUAUCCAUUACGCUGCAUGUACGAGGAAAUGAUUCUUGGCGUGGUAAAAAACCGUUCGGAUCGUCGGAGAAUGUGUCGUGCCUGGUUGUAUGUAGAUCCUUUUUGAAAAUGGUUCUAUAUAGCAGAGAACAGGGUUCUGCUAUUGUUACGAUGGCAAGCUUUUAACAUUAGAACCCUUUUUGAUGCUGUAUAGAUCCGUAUACAACACAUUAUCAGUCUGAAGAACCUUUUGCACCAUGCGAAGAACCAGUUAAGCAUUCAGUGGUUCUAUAUAGAACUAAUGGUUCUAAGCAGAACCAUUCCCUGUACUACAGAACUCUUGAGCCAUCGUUUGUGUGCAUGCUACCAUUAUUAACAGUACAUAUUCGUAGUAGCCACCAGGCGGAUUGAUGUACUUUGCAUAUGAAAACCUGCAGCCGCCUGGUAUCAUAAUGUUGCUUAGUGCGAAUUCUUGGCAACCCGGUUCCGUUGCUUGUUAGCAGUACUAACAUUUCUGGCUGUGGUGUUUCUGAGGGGCAGAAUGUGGAAUAAUCCAAUCAUAAACCUCAGUAUUCACCAAGGAAUAUAAGCCAGCAGCCCCUGCAUCAUAAUAUGUGAUACUUAAAGCUCAACUGUUCAUCAUAACUAGUAUGGACAGUUAUUGAAAGCUAGAAUCAGUUCAUUGUUGGUAAUAUUAGUAUUUCUGACAGCCGUUUCCUAGUGGAAGCAAGAAAAAUCUCCUUUUUUUUGUAGUUUUCAUGUUUCUCCCUAACUGAAAACUGCCUGCUGAAAGCGCAUCUUCAAAUAAUAUUACAAAAUGAUUUGCACCUUCAAAAGCUUCCGGAAUAACCAGCGGUGGUCUCCGGAUUCUCCGCUCAAAGCUGCGGUCAGACACCCCCGCGCCCCUGCACGUGUUUAUCUACGGGUUGCCCCAGGUUUCUGCUGUUCUGCUGGAGUCCGCUGUAUGCUGUGAUAACGUGUUCAGGUUCCUCUAAAUGAUCAGAGGUAUUUUUGCAGCCUUUGCCAGGUUUAGCCAUUCAGACUUCCAUGUAAGAUUCAUUUAAUUUAUACACGUCACAAUAAAGAAUAAAUAGCCUGAUUAGAUAAUAUGGCUUUUAAAUUCAUUUAAACACACUUUACUGUAAGACACAGCAGUUUAGACUGUGCUGCGUUCAUGAUUCACUUCACCAUCGUGUUCUAGUCUGCAACCCCUGUACUGUAGAGAGACAACGCGUCAUGUCGUCCUGUCGUUUAAAGAACUCGCCGAACUGGAUGUGUGAUAGUUGAUUUUAUCAUUGUUUAAAAUAACACAUGCAGAACAUGAGGAGAAACUUCAGCAGGAAAUCCCAGCGCAGUGCUGUUGUGAGGGGAAUUUUCAGGCUGCUGUGUGAAGCGCGUCAGUGUUUGAAAGGUUUAGCGGAGGAAUUUUCACAGUUUUAGUGUGAAAGUUCUUCUUAAACCUCCUGACUGAGGAAGACUACUAAUCGAACAUAGAAGCAGUGACGUUUCCUCUAAUUAUGCAUUAAACGGACUGAUCAGUUCAAAUCUCCUUAAGGUUCUGCUGCUGACCACUUUUCUCACACGUUUCUUGGAUUUCCUUGUGUAGAUCAUUUAUGUUUGUGCCAUUGCUUUGGUCCAGGUUUUGCUGCAUAAAGUUCUUAAUGAAUAACAGCAGCUAUA